GAUGGAUCUCUUUGGAAUUUGAAAAUUUCCCUUCGCGCUCCAAAGCAAAUUCACGAACUCAAUCGUUUCCAUUUAACCAGACUGCUACUCCGCUUCUUCUUCAUCUUCUUCGACGACUACCCGCCAUCCAAUCCAUUGAAUCCACUCAUCUCCGUCCACUCCCCGAACAUGUCCUCAAAAUCCAGUCAUCUUCCUCUCUCCUCCAUCCCACACGAUGACGACGACGAUUUCCAGCUCCCUCUCACGCAAACACCCGCAACCCUCGCUCUCUCUUCAGUUCCAAAGAAAUCGUCGGCCAGAACACCUCUCGCUCCUUCCGGCAACUCUCACCGUCUCCCUAAGAAGCCCAGGAGAUCUACCAAUCCCGGGAAGGAGAACGCGGGCCUCGAGCCCGUGCCCAGGAAGGAAGGAAAGAAGUUCGAAAUUAGCGAGGAGCCGACUUGCAGCUUGGAUUUAAUACCGUCAAGCAUCGACUGUAGUGGCUACGGAGCUCAGGUUUCCGGGCAUUAUCAGGAGCAAACGGCUUACAAAGAGACUAUCUGUGAGAUUAGAAAUGUGGAAGAGAACGGAGGGUAUCUAUGCAACUCCAUAGAAGCUAGGUUAAUGCAGAAAUGGAACACGGAUUGCGGAGCGAGUAUAGCUGAAAGUGAGUUGGAUUCGGAUGUGGGGGCAGGGGAUUUAGGGGAUAGUAGUGAGCUCGAUGUAUUGAUUAGACUGUGCGGCGAUGAUGGUGACGAUGAUGGUGAAGAGGCUGGGCAGGAAGUUAGGUUUAAUGACGGGGUGCUAGAUGAGGAAGAAGAGGACUGCUGUAUCGAGUGCCCGCUUUGUGGGUCUGACAUUUCGGGCAUGAGCGAGGAAGCCAGGCUUGUUCACACUAAUGAUUGUCUUGACAAAGGGGAGAAUCAAAUGGAACAAGUUCUGUUUGAGAGAAGGGAAACAACCCAAUUCCAGCCUGAAGUGGUUGAUGGUCCUGGCCGUUCUCCACAGCAGGGUGUUGAUGUAUCUCCUGUGCGGCAAUGGCUACGAAGUUUGGGUUUAGAAAGAUAUGAAGAGCCUUUUGUGCGGGAAGAAAUCGACUGGGACAGCUUGAAGUGGCUUUCGGAGGAGGAUCUUAUAAGUAUAGGCGUUUCUGCACUUGGACCAAGGAAGAAAAUUAUGCAUGCUCUUACUGAGAUUAAGGAAGGUUUGGAUAGAGGUGAUAAGCAGGAGACUACAGAUGGUGUAGGUGAACAGAGGAACAACAAUGCUGAAGACAUUAAAGUGGGGACUUCAAAAGUCAAUCAUAUUGAAACCAAUAAAUCAAUUUCAAAUAAACUGAUCACAGACUAUUUUCUGGGGUCUGCUAAUACAAAGAGAAAAAGUUGUACUAGCUCUACUAAACUGCAAGGACAGGGAGAAGGCCAACCAGAUUGUGGUCCAAAACACUCGGGUAAAAAACAGAUCAGAAGAGGUCGGUUCAGAGAUAUCCCUUCAUGGUGUAGUGUACCUGGGACACCAUUUCGAGUGGAUGCCUUUAAGUAUCUUAGAGGUGAUUGUUCUCAUUGGUUUCUCACUCAUUUCCAUAUGGAUCAUUAUCAGGGAUUGACUAAAUCCUUUUGCCAUGGGAAGGUUUACUGCACUUUGAUAACUGCAAAGCUUGUAAACAUGAAGAUUGGUAUUCCUUGGGAGAGGUUAGAAGUCUUGCCUUUAAACCAGAAGAUCCAAAUAAAUGGUGUUGAUGUGACUUGCUUGGAUGCAAAUCACUGCCCUGGUUCAGUCAUUAUUCUCUUUCAACCUCCUAAUGGCAAGGUUCAGGCUGUCUUGCACACGGGAGAUUUUCGGUUUUGUGAUAAGAUGGCAAGCAUCGAUCUUUUACAAGCCUGCCGUAUCCAUACUCUGAUCCUUGAUACUACCUACUGUAACCCUCAGUAUGAUUUCCCUAAGCAGGAGGCGGUAAUACAAUUUGUUAUUGAGGCAAUUCAAGCAGAAACUUUCAACCCUAAAACUCUAUUUCUGAUUGGAAGUUACACAAUAGGAAAGGAAAGGCUGUUCUUGGAGGUAGCGCGAGUUUUGCGGAAGAAAGUUUACGUCACUGCUGCAAAGCUCCGGAUUCUCAAUUGCCUCGGCUUCUCCAAGGAAGAUAUGCAGUAUUUUACACCAAAUGAAAGGGAAAGCCAAAUUCACGUGGUGCCUAUGUGGACGCUUGCAAGCUUCAAAAGACUAAAGCAUGUAGCAAACCAAUAUGCGAAUCGAUUCAGCCUUAUAGUAGCUUUCUCGCCAACUGGUUGGUCGUUUGGUAAAGGAAAGAAGAAGUCUCCCGGGAGAAGAUGGCAGCAAGGAACAAUUAUCAGGUAUGAAGUUCCAUAUAGUGAGCACAGCAGUUACACAGAGCUCAGAGAGUUUGUGAAGGUUGUGUCCCCUGAAACGAUAAUCCCAAGUGUUAACAAUGGCGGACCAGAGGCUGCUGCUUCCAUGGUUUCUCUCCUCCGACCCUAAUUGGUUUGGUUGAUAUAUCUAUAGGCCAGCAAAGGAUUAUUCUAUAGCUUGAAGACAUCUGGAAGUUACUGCAAUGUAAUAUAUAACUCGGUUCUUGUCAUAUUGGAAAUCUCGUCCAAUUGCCAGGAAAAUGCCAAAGAAUCUUGGAUGAUUUGACAGAGACAACAUUGUUGAAAAUAUUACCACAAAACAAGACAGAGAGCCAAAAAAAACAGGAAAGAAGAAAAACCUUAACCUUUCUUAGCAUGUAUUUUCUUUUCUGCAGAACUGUAUGUAGGCUUCAAUGAUACUGUAUUACAACUUACAAGUAGGCAUUGUUUGUAGUGGUUCAAGCUGUGUGGCAAUACUGUAUGUAGGCUUCAAUGACCGUGCAUUCAAACUGAUCUAGCAUAAGUUGCUUGUCACUCCGAAUGACAGGUUAACAAGCUGAGUAAAAUUGAACACUACUGUGUUGGAUUUUGAUUUCUUU